AUGACCGACAAUGAAAAACCUCCCUCAUGUGCAGACCGCGAGGAAGGAAAGGAACAACUAGGCCCAUUUUUGUGGCUUGACGAUGGCGACGAAUCGGUUUCGUCUUUGGAGUCAAUGGCGUCCUUUGAAGGCGACGAUGAUCAUCUGCUCGGAAACGACGAAUCAGCUCGUGAGAAUCCACAACGACUCGCCCCACGUAGAAAGACCAGGACGAGUGCACUCCGUCGUGUAAGAUCGUUGGAUGACACGGUCUCCCCCACCAGCGUUGCCAGAGUGACAGUCGCUGAUCACACAUCUGGCGCAAGGGAUCGACCGAACAGGAGAUGGGGCUCGAGCGGGAGAUUGACGACGACCGGCAGUCUACACACCAGCUCUAGUGAGCCCAUGGCUCAGCUUUGUGAACGGUUGGGAGCUCAGAACCUCGGAAACGGCAACUACACUUCGGCGAGUUGCCGAGAUGUCACAAGGUGGAAUGGGGGACAAUGCCGCCAGACGAUUCAGGAAUAUGGAUCUCCCGGGACACCGAAUCGCAGGAGUAGGGGCAGAGAUAUGCUUGCAGGCAAAGCCAUACCUCGUUGCUCCACGGGAACUCAUGCUACAACGUCCAGCAACCACAGCAGCUCCGCCUCUUCGGGUGCCGUAGCAGCUGGUUUGGAAUCUCCAGCGACCACCCAUGCUAGCAACACUCGAUCACGAAAGAGGUUUUCCUCGAGCAUGGUCAAUCCAAAACUGACCGUGGCAGAUACCAGCGGCCUUCGCCGCAGGCGCGGGGCACGCGACAUGCUUCAAAGGCGACAGCAAAGCGAACGAAGUCUCAUCUCGAAAGGCCGUCUUCGGUCUCUAUCCAGUUUUGAUUCGCCUCGAUUGCCUUCUCGUAAAACGACCAACGACAGUAUGAGCAAUGAAGCCAUCCGGGCGGUUGCGGCUGCCUUUGAGAAAGCAACGGCUGCAUAG